AGUCGGUCGACGCUCGCAGGGUGUUACACUGGCAAGGGGGUGAAUCGAGCGCCCACCCACACAAAGAGCGCAAGCGUGGAAAAAUUUGGUGGUUGUGGUCGGGGGUUAAAAAUCGAGUUGAGGAUCUUUACAAAGUACGCAGAGUACAACAGUACAGCAGUAUAGGCAGCGGAAGAGAGUGAAUAGAGCAGCACAGUCAUAGCAGGCGGAAGAAGGAAGGGGAGAUAGAAGAUUCUCUCUCUCUCUUUCUCGCGGAGUGUGCUCACAUUACUAGGUGUGUGUAAGUGUGUGUACACCCACACGUCGACAAAGCGACGAGUCGCUCGCUCGUGUGUGCGCGAGAGAUCCUAACCACGAAUCUGCGCCGCUGGUACUGUGCUGCCAGUGCCCGAAGUAGUAGCCUAGGAGGAGCUGUUUGUAGAGGAGUCUACGGAACGGCCGAGUGACGAACGUGUAAUUGCAAGUGUGUGUGUGCGUGCAUUGCGAGAAGAGAAACGGGAGAACCGAAAGAUAUGUCGCAACAUCGACGACGCGUCGUCUGAAGUCCGCCGCCGCCGCUCGAUCAUCCGCCUUCCGGCGGCCCUCGCCCCCGACGACACCGGAGAGAGAGAAAGAGAGAGAGAGAGAACUAAAAACGGACGCGCCGACAUCCACACACACACACACAUACACACAUACACACGAACGUGAGUAGAGUACGUAAUCGUCGAGAAAGAGAGAGCCUGGUUUCUCGUUGCCCGCAUUAAAGUACUCGUCGUCGGCGGUGAGGCUCUCUCGAAAAAACAUGAGAGGAGCAGUAGCAGCAGACUCGCCAUUGCUCGCAGCUGAUGGCGCUCGUAGCCGUUAAAUGAAAGCGGCUGCGACGACGUAGGUAGAAUUCGCUCGUUCUGUGUCGCGCGCGCGCUCGCGCAGAGGAGCUUUUCCGUUGUCGACACUUUCUCAGAGUCGUCGUUGUCGUCUCCUGCUCGGCCACUCGAUCAUUCUGCAUGUGUAUGUGGUAAGCGUGUGUGUGUGUGUGUGUGUUGCGCAGUGUUGCGUGCGCCCCUCCGAGGAAAAACGAAAAAAGAUCACGAGAGAGAAAGAGAGUCGUGAGCAGCCCACACACGGACGAAGCGGCGGCAACGGGCUCCCUCUGUGUGCGCUGCUAGUCCGAGGUCUGAAGAAACACAACGAGCACGACUACGAGGAGAAUCAACACGGGAUUAUUGGGGACACGUGGAAAGGACGCGCCCGGCGUCGGCGUACGUCGGCCAACGACUCUACCUCCGAGGCUCACAGAAGCAGUAGCCGUGCCAACGCCUCUUUUUUCAACCUCUUGACCUUCUCUCCCCGCUGCCACGCCAACCUGUCCCAAGGUGGAUGCUAUUUUGGAGCGAGUCACUAGCAGUCGAGAACGAGAAAGAUACAGGAGAGCUUUUUGGAGCUGAACAUAGACAUUUUAUUUUUUAUGCAGAUGUGUGUGAAGAGCUGAGUAGCAUGGAAGGUUAAGAGACUCAACAUGAUUUUGCAGAGUCUGUGUUGAGAGCAGCAAGCCAAGUAUUUGUUGUAUGUUAUACAAGUGCAUCGGGUCUUAUUUUUUGUUUCCCAUCUACGUAUCUGUGAGUGUGUAGUGUAGUUUCUGAGCUUGUAAAGCCAUCAUAGUCAGUAGUGAAACCAGCGCCCAACCCAGGCAUGGACCCAGUCAUCUUUAGCUAACACAGCCGAAAACUUGGAGAGGCAUGAGUAAGAAAGCCUCCACCUCGACUGGCCACAGUGCCAACGAUCAAGAGCCCAAAGAUUCAAAUAUGUCAUCAGUAACCUUUGUAGAUCGGAUAGAUCCAUUUGCCAAAAGAUCCCUUAAGAAAAAAUCCAAAAAGUCACAGGGCUCAUCUCGCUACCGUAACUCCAUAGAUGUUGAGCUUCAGCAACUUCCUCUGCUCAAAGAUGUGCCACCUGCGGAGCAGGAGGAACUGUUCAUCCGGAAGCUGCAGCAGUGCUGCGUCGCCUUCGACUUCAUGGAUCCAAUUGCGGAUCUCCAAGACAAGGAGGUUAAGCGUGUCACCCUCAAUGAGCUCGUCGACUACAUUUCCACGGGCCGAGGGAUCCUUACCGAACCGGUCUAUCCCGAGAUCAUCAAGAUGAUCUCGGCGAAUAUAUUCCGCACGCUGCCACCUAGUGAAAAUCCAGACUUCGACCCGGAAGAGGACGACCCAACCCUGGAGGCGAGCUGGCCCCACCUCCAGCUGGUUUACGAGUGCUUUCUCCGUUUUCUCGAGUCUGCGGACUUCCAACAAAAUAUCGGAAAACGUGUAAUCGACCAAAAAUUUGUUUUACAGUUGUUGGACUUAUUUGACUCAGAGGAUCCUAGGGAAAGAGACUUUUUGAAAACUGUCUUACAUCGUAUAUACGGAAAGUUCCUUGGUCUCAGAGCCUUUAUACGCAAACAAAUUAACAACAUCUUUCUUAGGUUUGUGUAUGAAACGGAACACUUCAACGGAGUAGGUGAACUUCUAGAAAUUUUGGGCAGCAUUAUUAAUGGUUUUGCUCUACCUCUAAAGGCUGAACACAAACAGUUUUUAGUCAGGGUGCUGUUACCACUACACAAAGUUAAGUGCUUAUCAUUGUAUCACGCACAAUUAGCUUAUUGUGUGGUACAAUUUCUCGAAAAAGAUGCUACUCUGACAGAACCUGUGGUUCGGGGACUUUUGAAGUUCUGGCCUAAAACAUGUAGCCAGAAAGAGGUCAUGUUUCUGGGCGAGAUCGAGGAAAUUUUGGAUGUCAUAGAACCUAGCCAAUUUGUUAGAAUUCAAGAACCUCUAUUCAGGCAAAUCGCGCGUUGCGUAUCCUCCCCACAUUUCCAGGUCGCCGAAAGAGCAUUGUAUUAUUGGAAUAAUGAAUACGUAAUGUCGCUAAUUGAAGAGAAUAACCACGUAAUUAUGGGGAUAAUGUUUCCGGCACUGUAUAAAAUAAGCAAAGAGCAUUGGAAUCAGACUAUCGUGGCGCUUGUUUACAACGUUCUCAAGACUUUCAUGGAAAUGAACAGCAAGCUCUUCGAUGAACUUACUGCCAGUUACAAAUCGGAAAGGCAAAAAGAAAAGAAAAGAGAAAAGGAGAGGGAAGAAUUGUGGAAGAGACUGAAUGAACUGUCAGAACGACGCCAAGCUCUCAUAGAACCGCCGGUAAACACUCCAGUUCCUGCUUCUACUGGACCUGUGGGCACGCGACGCCCCUGAAUUGGUGGAAAACUGACUACACGCUGCCCAACUGUUAGUCCUUAGUUUACGUCGGUUGUCUAUACACUAAAAGCAAAGAAAAAAGCAAAAGAAAUUAUUGUUGUUAGUGAAAACAAAAAAAAAUAUCUAAUGGUGCGCCUAUAAGGUGUCCGAUCAAGAAAAGAAGAGGGAGAAACAAGCAAGCGUGCAGUUAAACUAAGGAGAAUGAAAGAGCAGAUUAUGUAUUCGGGUUUGAUUCUUAAAAAAAAAACAAAAAAACAAAAAAACGCCAUAAUGAUCGAUGAUUUCUAAUGGUUUUAUUGUGUAUAUUAAUUUUUAUUCUUUUAACGGCAAUUGAUUUAAAUUGUACGGUGUACUCAAUGUCAGCACAUAAUACGAGAAUGUUAGUCCCUUCUUUAAUUACGGUUAGCUGUGCUCGGUCAGAGGAGAUGAUCAACAUAGUUAAAAAAUAACAAAAAGUAGGCUCAAGUCAUUAAGGUACGUACACAAGUACACAUGCAUAUGUAACUUAUCAUAGCUCAAUUCACUCUUACUAUUUUCGACUACAAAAAGAUCUUUAUAACAUUCUACAUCUCGGACAAGCGUUAUAAAAGUGAUGAGUACGCAUAUGUUAGUCUCCAAGAUGAUCGAGCCUACGUUUUGCUAGGAUCCUCGUCUCCGACUUUGGCCAGCAGGGGCGUUGUUUGAAAUGUAUCAUAUAUUCGUAUUAAUGAUAACGAUAAUUGAUAACUAUAGCAGAACAUAAUAAAUUAGGUAAAUAUAUACAUAAUACAAUAUAUUAUUAAGUAUAGUAAUAUCGAUAAAUACAAACAAAAAGCUCACAUAUACACGGUAACAACACGAGCACACACACAUCUACACAUUCGAGAUACCCGAAAUCGUGGUGACAUAUGUACACAUUAAUACACUAACGAUACAAUGAUGGAGAAGACGAUAAAUAAAAAAACCCAUGUGCUACCAAUACUAACAUUGCGCUGACUGCAUACCACAAAUCGACGAGAAUACUUUUUCAAGAAUGAAAAACCGUAGGAUUAUGCAAGUGCAUAAAUAACAUUAAUGAAUAAGAUUGAAUCCAUUGAGAAGAUCAUUAAAACAAAAAAAAAGAGCGAAAGAGUGAGAGUGAACGAGAGCGAGAGAAUUGUGAAAAGUAUAUGUUGUUUUUUAACUAAAAAAAAAAGGAGUAAAAGAGGCGAGGGACAAAUAUAUACAAUAAAAAAUUCAAUUGUACCAAAAUAUCCAUGGUUGCUUAAAAAUAUAAUAAAUGAUAGAGAUACAAUGCAUAAGAUUUAUUCGGAGCUGUGCUCCCAUCGGCCACCAUAAAAGUGUACGUGGGAUCGUUUUUAAAAAUUUAUUACCAGUGCAUAGUAAUAAUAAUAAUAGUAAUAGUAAUAAUAAUAAUAGUAAUAAUAGAGACUAUUGAAUAAAUGAAUUAUAACAUAAAUAACACAUAGAUCAUAAAAAAAAAACAGAAACAGAUUAUGUUCUUACGUAUUAGUAGUUAACCAAACGGUCAUUCGUAAAAAAACUGUUGAGAAAAAAAAUAAUGAAAAAAGGUCUCUAUCAUUGACGAGAAAAAAAGUAAAAAAAAAACGAAUAAAGAAUUCUUUGCAUGUGACAUUUAUUUUGAUUGGUUUUUUUUUCUGUCCGUUUUUGGCACUACUUUUUUCGGUCUUGUUUCCUGUAUAAGAGUAAAUCAACGGUCAAUCAACGUCGAUCGUUAUGGUUUGUAAAUGAUGUAAAAUGUAGGAGAAAUCAAUCUGCGAAUGCGAUACACACGCGUUUAAUAUAGGCGUUUCGUUAUCUUUCAACUCUGUGAUUUCUUUCUCACACGCAUUGCUUACUUGCGUACAAAUACGAAUUAAAACUAGGUGGUGACGAAUCAAGGAGAUAUUUUAGAUUAAUCUAUAUAUAUUUUUAUCAUUUACCAUUAGUUUUUAAUGUUCGUAAACGAAUUCGCAGAGCGCUCUGUACAAACAAAAAAAGUUUUAAAUAAACACAGUGGAAUUUGAACGCAUUAGGGUUA